UCAGAGCAAACUCUGGGCACACGGCAACUUACAGCAAAAAGGAACAACGCCGACUUCUCAGCGAAGAUGAUGUGCUCCCGCGUAUUCCAGCCUUCCUUCGGCCACCUGAUGGAUUUCCACUGGCCCGUACGCAGUCUCUGGCCACAGAUACAGCCUCUCUUCUUCCAGGGGGAGAUGCUGCAGAGACACAUGCAGGAGAUGAGGAACAGUCUGAACAUGCUGGACAGACUUCAGCACAGGAUCUUUGAGGAGAUGGACCACGUCCCAGCCUCUCAGACCAUCCAGCCAGUCUCAUACAAGCUGGAGAAGGACGGGGAUCACUUUGCCCUCACACUGGACACUAAAGAUUUCUCACCAGAGGACCUGACUGUCAAACAGGUGGGAAGGAAGCUACAGGUGUGUGGGAAGACGGAGAAGAAGCAGGACGAUGGAAAGGGCUCCUACUCUUAUAAAAGGCAGGAGUUCAGACAGGAGUUUGAUCUGCCUGAAGGUGUGAACCCCAAUGCGGUGACGUGCUCCCUGUCGGACGGGCAGCUCCGGAUACAGGCGCCAACGGAGGCGCUGGCUGAGGGGGCCGAGAGAGUGGUGCCCAUCGACUGCAGCCCCGGUGAGAAGACCCUGCAGUUCCAGAGCUCACAGACAGAGGGAAGCACAGAAGAGACACAGAAUCACCAGCAGGGAGCAUAAAUGCCUAAAUACUCUUGAAAACUC